AGAGAGAGCGAGAGCGCAUGUGGACUGGGACUUCAGAAAUAGGAGGGGCGUCAGAACGACUAGAAAUGUCAAUCAGAGCAAAGAGUCCCAAUAAUCUAAGGCAAUCUGUAAGGACCUGACCUUAGUCUAUUCAGAUCAAUAGGAAAGUGAGAGAGGGAAGCGCAAUAGGAUCGCUUACAGCCGCUCUGUAUGAAGAAACAUAUACUUCCCUUAGAGUUUAUCGUACUCAUUGUAAAGUGGAUAUCGUAGCACGUACCACGAGGGCGAUUCCACGCGUUUUGUGACUACAGAAACCUUUUUUCUACAACAAUGUCUUUCCCGCAGCUGGGAUAUCAGUACAUCCGACCGAUAUACCCAACCGAGCGCCAGGGGAUUGGCAGCGCUCGAGCCGGGACAGAGCUCAGCCCGACUGGGACACUUUCCAAUGUUCUGUCCACUAUGUAUGGAUCCCCAUUUGCCGCCGCACAGGGAUAUGGAGCUUUCCUUCCUUAUUCAAAUGAUCUAUCAAUUUUCAAUCAACUGGGAGCUCAAUACGAGCUGAAAGACAACCCGGGCGUUCAACACCCAGGAUUUGCUCAUCACCACCCCGCUUUUUAUCCCUACGGGCAAUACCAGUUUGGUGACCCGUCCAGACCCAAAAACGCCACCAGGGAAAGUACCAGCACUCUUAAGGCCUGGUUGAGUGAGCACAGAAAAAAUCCUUACCCGACAAAGGGUGAGAAAAUCAUGCUGGCCAUAAUAACCAAAAUGACCCUCACUCAAGUUUCCACCUGGUUUGCCAAUGCCAGAAGAAGGCUAAAGAAGGAGAACAAGAUGACCUGGACCCCCAGAAGUCGAACGGAUGAAGAGGGAAACGUCUAUAGCAGUGAUCACGAAGGAGAUGAGGGAGACAAGAGGGAUGACGACGAAGAGAUUGAUCUGGAAAACAUCGACACUGAAAAUAUUGAAAAUAAGGACGAUUUGGAUGAUCAGGACGAUAUACCUGCUGAUUUGAAACUUGAUGUUAGGAGCGACUCGGAAGUUUCAGAUGGCUAUGAGGACUUACAAGGGUCCGACCAGAGGUUUCUAAAAACGGUGGUAAAAGAAAACAAGGACAUUCGGGGAGUCAAACAUGAGCACUUCCACCAACAUUCUUUGGAAAUCAAAGCGACACAGCCGAACGGAGAACAACUUAAACUGAACGCCGUAUCCAUCAACUCCCCAUCCUCAGACAAUAGCGCGGCCCCGGCCCAAAAGCCAAAGAUCUGGUCUUUGGCUGAGACGGCAACUACACCGGACAGUCCCAGAAAGUCGCCAUUAAUUAAUGGAAACUCAGCUGGGACGGCGGCACAAACGCUAAUCGCCCCUCACAGACUUCUCUCAUGCCCUGUUGGAAAACUUCAAAACUGGACAAACAGAAGCUUUUCAGCCCAUCAACUUGCUUUACUAAACUCAAGCCAUUACCUCGGACUGGCCAGUCAGGCUUCGGCGAACAGCCUUGCGAUGUACGCCAGGCAGGCAGAGGAGAAAAGUCACAAUUCAGAAUCAUCCGUAACAGAACGAUCUAGUGCCUUGGAAUCAGAGAAAAAGUUGUUAAAAACAGCCUUCCACCCUGUUCAAAGACGGCCUCAGAACCAACUAGAAGCAGCAAUGGUUCUCUCGGCUCUCUCGUCUUCAUAGUCUUUCUGUUGUCAUUUUUAUUUUCAUCUGUUCUGAGGAAUGUAAAAUAUAAUAAAUAUUUCUGUAUACUUACCUUGUAAGCAUGUCCUGUGUAAAACUGAUAAUGUAAUAUUGUAUGAAACUGUACUCUGUGAGGUUUUCUUUUUGUAAGUUCCGUGAGGAUUUGGUGUUCAAUAAUUUUUGUAUAUAGGGUCAAGAAAAUGUAAAUAGUCGUGAACCAAAUUGUACAAGAAAGUAUAUAUUUUGGCUAAUAAAUGAAUUGUUGCAUCUUUAUCAAA